AGCCGACACCUAAGAGGAUUAAACACCUCGGCAUAUUUAAAAGCUGCCGUUCCUCUGAAGGGACUAUCAGAACUGCACUGAGAACUUGAGACUUGACACACGUCACUCAACGCAAUGGCGGACGUCGCAACACCCGCAGAGAAGAAGGCUCCUCCCAAAUUCAAGCAGAGGACCACGCGCACCUUCAAGAGCAAGGCCCCCAAACCAGGCCAGAAGGGGUUCGGAGACGACAUCCCCGGCAUGGAGGGUCUGGGCACAGACAUCACCGUGGUCUGCCCAUGGGAGGCCUUCGGCGACAUGGAGCUCAGCGAUCUGGCAAAAUACGGAAUAGUUUAGCAGCUGCCCCUCUGCCUUCACCCCUCUUUGCCACCGACGUACCUCAUGUGCUUCUAUGGAUCCAGUUGACAGUCUUCGUAGGGAGACGGCAGAUUGUUGAGUUCAGACUGGAAUCAUCCGGACGCCCCUCUGGUUUUCUGCACUUUAUUUGCCCCUGCCUUUCCUCCAACCACCAUCACCUCUUCCUCUCUCCCUCAUCCUCCCAACCUUCCUGCCUCCUGAGAAAACUCAUUUCACUACAAGGCCAUUGUUGAAUCAACAAGUAAAAGCUGCUGAGUCUAAAGUAGUAUCUAUUGUAUGUACAAAUCUGUGAUGCACCUAUCCUAUCCUCUUUGUUCUCACCGUAGAAAAAUAAAGUUUGAUACAAAAUA